GAAAAUAGAUACUACUAAUCUUGGUAGAAUAAAAAUCACUUCAGCAGGUGAUAUGUUUAUUGAGGAGCAAGUUACAAACCGGUUGUCAAGUGAGGGAAACAGGAGGUCAUGGGAUAAGCAAUUAUCCGAAAACGAGAUGAUAGCACAAGGAUUUGUAUUCCUUGUGGCCACGUAUGGGGGAACGGCAUUAACCCUGGCGUUUAGUAUCUACGAAAUGGCUGUUAAUGAAGAUAUUCAGCGCCGACUAUACGAUGAGUUAACAGAAGCUAUCGAUUCGGAAACGGGAGAAAUCCCUGACGACGAAUUUAUGCCCGAUCAAAAACAGUUGAUUAGGCCGUACACGUAUUUGCCGUUUGGGGCGGGACCUCGACAUUGCGUGGGUAUGCGUUUCGCGCUAUUCGAAAUCAAAUUGGCCCUUGCUCAUAUCGUAUUGCGCUACCGAUUCCUACGAUGCCCACAAACAGACGUUCCCAUAAGAUAUGAGAAGUUUAUUCAUCAAACACUUCCGAUAACAGCACUCUUGAUCAUUAACCAAGAUUAG